AUGGGAGGAAGGAAGAGGCGGACGCCCGGGCGCCUCCGGCCGCCCUCUGGAUCCCCGGGGAAACUCGGAGCAAGCCCGUCGCAGGCCUUCGGGGAAGACGGGGGCCACUUUUGGGCCCAGACGGAGGGCCGCCUGCCGCCGCCGGCCCCGGUCCCCCGGCCCGGCCCCGGAGGCCUGCGGGGCGAAGCGCUGCCCCUGGCCGGCGGGGGCUGGCCCAGGGCCCAGGGUCCGGGUCCGGGUCCGGGGCGGGGCGGGGCGGGCGGCGGCGUCCGGCAGAGGAGGCGGUCCCCCAGCCGAGUCCAGCGAGGCCCGAGCCGCCGGGGUCCGCAGCGAGUCCCUCCCUGGCCCGACGAGCUUGCGAGGACGCGGGGACUGCGGAGGGUGGAGCGUCCGGCCCGGUCCGGCUGGCGGGGGCGCCGGUGGCCAGCGCCGCUCGGAGGAAGGGCCGCGGCGCGAGACCCCCGAGUCCGGCGCGCUCUCCGCCCCCGCUGGCCCCUGCCCUGGCCUUCGUCCGGCCCAGAGGAGGCCUGUGUGGUGGACUUCGGCGGCCCAGAGCCGACCCCCUCCUUUCCUUGGGGCUUUCUUUUGGGGGCUGCUCCUGGCUCUAAGCUCAGGCAUCGCCCCUGGCCGCUUCGGGGGACCCUAGGGAGGCCCCAUGGGGCUCGACCCACCGUCGGUCCUGGACCCACCUCUGCAACACCGGACCGUUAA